AUGGCAGGUCGCCCGUUGCUGGCCCCGGCCGUCACGCUGCGUCCUCCUGGACCAGCGUUGGGCUCGAGGGCCUCGCUAUACGUCGGUGACCUCGAUGAUGGCGUGGCGGAGGGGCACCUCUAUGCCCUGUUCUGCAAGGUGGUGCCCGUGGCGUCCCUCCGUAUAUGCCGGGACGUCAUUGGCAGGUCACUUGGGUACGCCUAUGUGAAUUUCUACAGUCGGGAGGAUGCCAAACGUGCAUUAGACUCUUUAAAUUUUACCCCUGCCAACGGGAAGCAUAUCCGAGUUAUGUUCUCGCAUAGGGACCCAACGCUGCGAUUGAGUGGAAAGGCCAAUAUAUUCAUAAAAAAUCUUGUGCCAAAUAUUGAUGGCAAGAGCUUGAGUGAUAUGUUUGGUCGCUAUGGCACUAUACUAUCAUGCAAAGUGGCCACUCACUUUAACGGUCAAUCAAAAGGGUACGGAUUUGUUCAGUUUUCAGAGGAGACAUCUGCCAAUGAUGCCAUCGACAGCUUGAAUGGCAAGUUGGUGAAUGGCAAACGAAUUUUUGUAGGUCUCUUCAUUCGUCGUCAGGAGAGGCAGCCAAAUAUCAGCGUGAGUAAUUAUACAAAUGUAUAUGUGAAGAACUUGCCAAAGGAAUUCACUCACAAUGACCUUCUGCAAGAGUUUGGUCCUUUUGGUACAAUUACUAGCGCUGUAAUCAUGAGAGAUAAUGAUGGAAUAUCCAAAUGCUUCGGAUUCGUUAACUAUGGGGAAUCAGAAUGUGCUGCAGAAGCUGUGAAAAGUCUUAAUGGUAAGAUGAUUAAGGAUACAAUUUUGUAUGUUGGAAGAGCUCAGAAAAAGUCAGAAAGAGAAGCAGAACUGAGAGAAAACUUUGAGCGUGCAAGAAAUGAGAAAUUCAAAAAGUUUGAAGGGCUCAAUCUAUACGUGAAGAAUCUAGAUGAUAGUAUUAAUGAUCUAAAUCUUAGAGGGUUAUUUGAAUUUUUUGGUGAGAUAGGAUCAUGCAAGGUUAUGGUUGAUUCACAAGGAAGGAGCCAGGGUUAUGGCUUUGUGUCAUUUACAACCAUUGAAGCUGUCCACAAGGCCAUUGACGGGAUGAACAGGAAGAUAGUCGGCAAAAAGCCAUUGUAUGUUGGUGUAGCUCAACGCAAAGAGGAAAGACGAGCGAUGCUAGUGGCACACUUUGCUCGUAUUCAGAACGCAGGAGUUCUAGCACCCGCAGCACAAAAUUUUGCUCCCCGUCAGUUCUACGUCGGUCCAAGAGUGCCUGGCAUGUUCCCACCACAGGUUUCUACAGGCUUCGGGUAUCAGCAAUUCCCACAACAGCAUUUCACUCCUUGGGUUCCUAGCGGCAUGACGCCAUAUACGUAUAACAUGCCGAGGCCACUGCACCAUGCUUGGCGUGGUGUGCAUCCAGAAAUCAAUCUACAACCACAGUGGUUCCCCCGGGCUUCGCGCAAACUGAUAGUACUGUCUCUACUCCAUCUGAUUCCAAGCAAGAACACCACCACCACUGCUAUAGUUUCUUCUAACCCGGAGAAACAACAUCUCAUUCAAGACGAGAAAUUGUACCCACUGGCUGAACAGCUUGAGCCAGAAUUAGGAGGGAAGGUGACAGGGAUGCUGGGUGAAGCAAUGGAAGCUCUGCAAGGAAGGAAAGUGGAAGAGGCCAGCGAUACUGUUGACCUCGCGUCUGUACCAUCAUCCUCGACCUCGAGUGUUACCAGAGAUGCUAUUGACCCCGCUUCCACAGCAUCGUCCUCGAGUGCUUCCGCUGACAGUGCUAACCUUGCUCCGGCACCGUCAUCCUCGAGUGCUUGAAUGCUGGUUCCUAAUAUCUCUAUCUCGACUUGAAAUUUAGAUGGUUGGAUAAUGUUUAAGAAGAUUCCUGAUUUGAUGUUGCUUCAUGAUAUUUUCGGUCAGAGUUUUAUUCUUGUUUGUUUGUUCUUAAGUUAAAGUGCAUCUGCAUUUCCCCCAGUAUUUAGGAUAACUUCAAAUAAAAAAUUAGACAGUGUCUUCUUC